AUGUCCCAAUCUGGAAGGCGAAGACGCAGCAAGUCUUCCUCGUCCCCAGGUCCCGCUUGGAACACGCCUGUCGCACCCACGAUGGAUAAUUUCAGCUUCAUUUUGGGCUCCCAGAUCCGCUACCUGGUGUCUUCGCUCUCGAAGAAGAACUACCGCACGAGCGUCGCUGAACUGGAGCACCUCAUCACGCUCUACGGGCACGAUGCGUAUCUCUACCUGCUUCGCUGCUUGAUGGAGCAAAUUGACCUCAAGGACAGCGCCAAAAGCCAGCAGCGCUUCCAGCUUCUUCAGCAGCAGCUACUCCAGCUCAUCGACAAGCCCAACUUCCCGUCCGUCCUCUUCCAAGCCCUGUCAGGGCUCGAGCUGAAGGAAGAUUUUCUCAACCAGCUCUCGAAGGCGUUGAAGCUCAAUCUGGCCCAGGAUAUAGUCCUGGCGCUGGGCCUCGCACAGGCUCCUGAGAAGAGCAUUCGCCACGAAGGGCGCUCUUUCCUCCGCAUUAAGCUGCCCGAGGUGGAAAACAACGUGUCUCUUCUGCCUGAAUCGCUUCUGCAUAGCCUGCUCUACUACUUGGGCAGCAAGGACGGCUUUGCAAAGCAGAGAGCGACUCUGGCCAAGGCUCUUCAGGCCUCGGGCAAGCCUCUUUCGCUCUCGCUGCUCGUUCUCGCGAGUGACGACAAAAUCGACUUGGAUUCGCGAAGAGGGCUCGAGGAGCGCACCGAUGAGGAUGCGGACAGUGAAGAGGCGCUGAUUGCAGAGAUCUCAGCUGCCGUUCACCCCAGCGAAUUGAUGCAAGACAUUGGCUACCAGUGCUGCCAGACUGCGGCCAAUCUCAAGGAGCUUCUCAAGAAGUUCCCUGAUGCCAACGAAGCCGACGUUGCCGCGAUCCUCGCCAUGAUGCUGCGGACGAGCGCGGAAGGCGAAGAAGGCUCAAGCGAGCCUAGCAGUUGGAAUCUUGGAGUGUUUGUAGAUACCAUCAAGGAGUUGCACCCCAAGUUGAACUGGGCUUUGGUCAUCAAGAGCCUCGACCGACCGGACUUCUACAUCGCCGACGCCAAGGCGAUGCACUUCAUCCUCAACGUGUACAAAAGGGCGACAAAAGAAUCGUUUCCAGUCGAUGCGGUGACGGGCAAGUGGUUGAACACCCGAGGCCAGCUGUCGUUCUUGCAGCAGGCUCUUGCUCUGGGAGCGGAGGCGGUCAAUUUCGCCUCCACGACCCCGCAGCCGACAACAUUCACGCUCGAUCUUCCCCACCCCAACAAAUCGUCGGCCACGCUGGUGCAGAACUGGCACAAUCUGGCGCUGAUCGAGCGCCUGCUCAACCUGGCCGAAUCAGAGGGCUUCGAUGCGGUGAAGGAGAUCUUCAAGGGUCCUCUCGAGAACUGCCCAGAGUUGCUUCUCCUCAAGCUCGCGCAGCUACAGUCGCCGUGGGGCAUCCUGUACUGGGAGCUGUGCUCCGAACUGCUGGCGUUGUUCCUGGGAAACCACCCCAACUCCAGCUAUGUUCUGCAAAAGCUGUGGGGCGUCAAUCGAUCUCUGGUGAUGCGCGGCAUGGUAGAGAGCUACAACAAGGAUGCUUACUGCCUCUCCCGGCUCUUGGACGUGGCGCACGAUAUCAAGGCACUCUCGCCCAUCCUGGAGAUUCGUCCGUUUGCCUUUGCCAUCGACCUUGCCGCACUGGCCUCACGCCGAGAGUAUCUCAACCUGGAGAAGUGGCUCCAGGACAGAAUCAACGAGCAUCAGCUCGAGUUUGUUGUGGCGUGCCUGAGCUACCUCAAGGAGAAGAAGAAAGCGUAUGCGAAGAACUCGUCAUCUACCAAGGGAAGCAACGCCAACAGUGCUGUCGCCGCUCUUUCGGCGGACACGUUGGGCGUGUUCUUCACCGUGAUGCAGGCCAACAUCAACAUGAUGCCGGCCGACAUGGUCGAGGAGUUCGAUCAGCUGCAGAGUGCGCACGCGAUCCAGCUCAGCAAGGUCACGGCCACUCAGGGAAUGAACACCCCGAGCGGCGGAGCGUCAGCCGACCCACCCGCACCCGAGAAGGAGGGCUUCCCGAAGGAAAUCGAGAAGACGGCCAAUGCCUACUUCCAGAGCGUCUACACGGGCCAGGUUUCAAUCGACGAGAUAGUCACGCUCUUGAAGAAUUUCAAGGCGUCGAAGAACAAGAGGGAGCAAAAGAUAUUCUCGUGCAUGGUUCACAACCUCUUCGACGAGUAUCGAUUCUUCCCCAAGUACCCCGACAAAGAGCUGCGGAUCACCGGCAUCCUCUUCGGCCAGCUGAUCCAAAACCAGCUGGUGUCGUACAUCUCGCUCGGAAUUGCCCUGCGAUACGUGCUGGAAGCGCUCAAGAAAGCACCCAACACGAAGAUGUUUAAGUUCGGGCUGUUCGCGCUCCAGCAGUUCAAGUCGCGCCUUGGCGAGUGGCCUCAGUACUGCUCGCACAUCCUGCAAAUCCCCCACAUUCGGCAAUACCAUCCCGACAUUGUGGAGUUCAUCGAGGAUUCGCUCAAGAACGCGUCCGGCGUUGCCGCUCCCGAACCCACCGUGCCCGCCAUGCCCAAGCAAAAGACAGGAGACGCCGCUGGAACGUCCACGUUCUUGCCCGGAUUCGCACAGGCCGAGGCAGCACAAGCUGGGCAACCCGCUGCUCUCACCGGCAAAGCCCCGGUGGCCAAGCAGUCGCCUGCCACGACCGCCCCCGCCGCGCGCCCGACCACGCCUCCUCAGGCCGCGCCUCCUGCGAGCAACGUCCAGCCACAGAGUUCGGCAAAGGCGACCGGGUCUGCGUCUGCUGCUCCCGCCAUGAAGGGCAACGCUCCCUCGUUCCACAUGGGCAACCAGCUGCCUUUGGAGGCCAUUCUCCAAUCGAUCACCCCAGCUUCUGCGCCGGAUGAGACGAUCAAGGACAAGAUCUUCUUCGUGUUCAACAACGUGUCUAAGCAGAACAUGGACAUCAAGGCCAACGAGCUCCGAAGCAUCCUGCACUCAGAGGACUGGCCGUACUUGGCCCAGCACUUGGUCAUCAACCGCGCCAGUAUCGAGCCGAACUUCCACACGCUGUAUCUCGAGUUCCUCGACUACCUCAAGAUCCCCGGGCUCUUGGAGCUGGUGCUCAAUUCCACUUACGCUGCGAUCCAAGCGCUGUUGCGGUCCCAACGCAUCACAGUGAACCCAGCGGAGAGGACCUUGCUCAAGAACUUGGGCUCUUGGCUGGGUAACCUCACACUGGCGCGCAACAAGCCUCUGAUCCACAAGCGGCUUGCCCUUAAGGAAUUGGUUCUGGAGGCCUAUGAGACGGGCAAGCUGAUCGCGCUGAUCCCGUUCGCGGCCAAGGUGCUCGAGGCUUGCACUAAGUCCAAGAUCUUCGCUCCUCCCAACGUCUGGGUGAUGGCGAUUAUGCGGCUGUUCGCGGAGAUCUAUCAGAUCCCCGAGCUCAAGCUCAACCUUAAGUUCGAGAUCGAACUGCUGUGCAAUCACAUGGGGCUCGAUCUGAACGAAAUCAAGCCCACUGAAGCGCUGAAGGACAAACUCAGACCAGACAGUCAGGACUUCACCGCGCCUCCACCAGCUGCCGCGCUGGCUCCAGCACCAACACCUGCAGCCGUUACCGAGGUCCAGGCUCCGCAUGUCCCUGUGGUCGCGCGCCAGCCGCCCAUCUCGCCUCCCAGCGAGCCGACUCCUGUGGCCCAGCAGGCUCAGCAGCCGCCUCUCGGAACGCCGCUUCAGUUCCCGACCGCGGCGCCCGCGCUGCCGGCCGGGGCCGCGGGCCUGUGGAAGAUCAACCCGCACAUUCCGCUCUUCAGCCAGCAGCCUCACCUCAAGCGAUGCGUCACCAUGGCCAUCGACAAGGCCAUCAAGGAGAUUUUGACCCCCGUCAUGGAACGAUCGGCCACCAUUGCCUCCAUCACGACGAGGGAGCUCGUGCUCAAGGACUUUGCUCUGGAGCCCGACGAGCAGAUCAUGCGCACCGCUGCGCACUACACCGUGCAGAGCCUGGCGUCGAGCCUUGCGAUGGUGGCCUGCAAGGAGCCCCUUCGCGUCAGUAUCGCCAGCCACUUGCGUUCGCUGCUUCAGGCCAACGUGAGCGACCAGGCCCAGCGCGCGUUGAUCGAGCACGCCGUCCAGACCGUUUGCACCGACAACCUGGACACCGCGUGUGCCCUCAUCGAAAAGACCACGGCCGAGAAGGCGCUUCGAGAAACCGACGACGCCCUCGCUCCCGCCCUUGAAGCGAGGCGUAAGCACCGAGAAAGAGCGCACAGUCAGCCCUACAUCGAGCCCAACUUCUUCUCUGGCCGCUAUCCGUCGUCGCUCCCCGAACCGUUGCGCCCCAAGCCCGGCGGUCUGCUUCCCCACCAGAAGCGGGUCUACGAUGAGUUCAGCAACGUCCUCUCCCGCACGCCCCGCGUCCAGCCCGCACCUCCGCAGGUCGUUGAGCGCGUCCCGACCCCCGGCGCCCCCACCGUGGCGCCCACCCCUGUGCAGCCCUUCCGGCCCUACCCCACGCCGAUCAUGGCGCCGAAUAUGCCCGAGGGAGGCGACGUGUCGCAGAUCUCGUCUUCCGGACUCACCUACGUCGUCAACCAGGGGACGGUGAACCUGUCGCAGCAGGACGCCCGCCGCUCCAUUCACACCAGGGAGGUCGCAUCCCCCGUCAAGGCCGUGAAGAAGGAGAAGCUGACGACCGGUCAGGCUCUGCAAAAGUUCAAGAGCAUCCUGCACGACCUCGAGGCCUCUAUUGCUGGCGCCGUCACGACCCUCUCGUCUCUGGAGCAGCUUCCCGAGGACCACCCGGUGCUUCACUUCCUGGACAAGAUCCCAACGCUCAUCACCAAUUCCAUCAACCCGAACGAGGUCGCGCUGGCCAUUGCGCAGAAGAUCUUCAAGCGCAUGUACGAGAAGAUCGAAUACGACCUGCAGAUCGAUACGCACAUCGCCAUCCUGGAGCACAUCCGCGAUGUGUGCAAGAAGGUCGUCAAGGAGCUGACCAACUGGAUCAUCUACUCCGAUGCCGACAGGAAGUUCCACCGCAUCAUCACCAUCGGGCUUAUCAACUCGCGGCUGCUCAAGGCGACCGACUUUGACGUCCACCUCUCGAAGAAGAUGGACAGCGGGCGCAGCAAGCAGGCUGUGGACUUUGCCAUCCUGGUGCUGCAGAAGUGCAUGGUGGAGCCCAAGGAGCCCACCGUUACCGCCUCCGAGUUCUUCAACACCCUCGAAGUGCUCACCAAGAUCGCCCAGCGUGGCGCCGGACCUGAAGGGCUUAUGGAGCUCAUCACUCAAGCCAAGAGUGUGACCAAGGCCUCGGCCGAGAAGCUCCGUUCGCCGCGCAAGCUGGCUCGCUCCAGGGACGCGUCGGAGGCCGCCCUCUCGGCUUCCUCCCAGCAGGCCGCCAUGCUGCCCGGCAUGCAGGCGCCUGAGAUUCGCGACCCCAUGUACGAGCAGGUCAGACAGCUGUGGGAGGAGUGGAAGCACAUCUACUACCAGCCCAACCAGAGCGACAAGGUCUUCUCCACCUACCUCACCCAGCUUCAGCACAAGUACGUUCUCCACCUCCGCCUCCGCCCCCUCAUUAACUUCCACUUCAACGAACGAACGCGGACAUACUCACCGGUGUUGCUUCCCAGCGUGCUGCAAAGCGAGGACCAGGGCGUGGUCAAGAGCUUCUUCCGGGUGUGCACCAUUCUGGCGAUCGAGCAGAGCUUCAACCCCACCAUCGGCACCACGCCUCAGUCGCAACCCGUCAACACAUCGGUCCUCCCCGGUCAGCUCAGCUACAGGUCGGUCGACGCGUUCAGCAAGCUGGUAGUCUUCCUGUACAAGUUCUCGCCCGAGGGCCUGGCCAACGCGAACGGUACCAAGCUGAACCUCCUGAACAAGGUCCUCGACACCGUGGUACGCGUGCUCGUCAAGAACUACGACACCAAGCGCACCAAGUUCAACCAGAGGCCCUUCUACCGGCUCUUCGCCUCGCUCCUGAUCGACCUCAACUCGUUGACCGCUGAGACGGACCCCGCCCACCUCCAGGUGUUGAUGGCCUUUAGCAACUGCUUCAUGAUCCUGUCGCCCAUUCGAGUGCCCGGCUUCUGCUUCGCCUGGCUCGAGCUCGUGUCCCACAGCCAGUUCAUGCCCAAGCUGCUCCUGUUCAAGUCGCAAAGCGGCUGGCCGGUGUUCCAGCAGCUGCUGGUGGAGCUGUUCAAGUUCUUGGAGCCCUAUCUGGUGAAUGUGGAGCUGAACGAGCCCAUCCGUCUGCUCUACAAGGGCACCCUCCGAGUGCUCCUGGUGCUGCUUCACGACUUCCCCGAGUUCCUGUGCGACUACCACUUCAGCUUCUGCGACGUCAUCCCGCCCACCUGCAUCCAGAUGAGGAACCUCAUUCUCUCCGCCUUCCCGCGUAACAUGCGUCUGCCCGACCCGUUCACGCCCAACCUGAAGGUGGACCUGCUGCCGGAGAUCAGCCAGCCGCCGAGGAUCCUGUCCAAGUACACGGCCGCCCUCACGGCCAACAAGACCUUCAAGCAGGAGGUGGACAACUACCUGAAGACCGGCCAGCCCUACACGUUCCUCCUCGAGCUGCGUUCCAAGCUCUUCCUUCCGCAGGGCCAGGCGCUCGUGGGCGGCACUCGCUACAACGUGCCCCUGAUCAACGCGCUCGUACUCUACGUCGGCGCCCAGGCCGUGGCCCAGCUCCACCCAACCACUUCGCAGCCGCCCGCGCCCAUCAACCAGUCGGCCCCGAUGAACAUCUUCCAGCACCUGGCGCUCGACCUCGACACCGAGGGCCGCUACCUGUUCCUCAACGCCAUCGCCAACCAGCUGCGCUACCCGAACAACCACACCCACUACUUCACGUCGGUGCUGCUCUACCUGUUCGCCGAGGCCAACCAGGGACAGGGUCAAGGCCAGGGCCAGGGCGAGCAGUCGAGCCAGGAGAUCAUCCAGGAGCAGAUCACCCGCGUGCUCCUCGAGCGGCUCAUCGUCAACCGGCCGCACCCGUGGGGCCUGCUCAUCACCUUCAUCGAGCUCAUCAAGAACCCGCGCUACAACUUCUGGAGCCACUCCUUCACCCGCUGCGCCCCCGAGAUCGAGCGCCUCUUCGAGUCCGUCGCCCGCUCGUGCAUGGGUCCCGGCCCCGGUGGCGCCCCCAAGAGCGACCGUCCCGGCCUUGUAGAUAAGUAA